UUAAAUUGUAAACAAAAUGCAAUCAAACAAAGGGCAUAAGUUAGAUGAAUUACUUACAUGUUUUAUAUGUCUAUCAAACUUAACGAAUCCUCAUAUAUGUCCAUGUUGUUCAAAAUUAUGCUGUUAUACUUGUAUUACAAAAUGGUUAACAGAGAACAGGCAGGUUUAUAAGUUUGUUCUUAAUUAGAAUAGUGUCCACAUUGUAGAUCUUCUUUGAGAAUUUAAUAAUUAGUAAAUUGUAGAUUUUUAGAGGAUAUUGUUGCAUAAAAUGAUCCAUGUCCCCUCCAUAAUGCUCAAUUAUAAUAUUAUUGUGUAACAUGUGCACAUCCAAUAUGUUCUGAAUGUGCAAUGUUUUCUGCACAUAAAAUGCAUGAGUUUGAACAUAUUUAAAAGGUUUUUGAUUCAAAAAUAAAAGAUGUGAAAACAAAAAUUGAAAAUGUAUAAGAGUAAUUAAAAAGUUUAAAACAUUCAGCAAUAUGUAUAGAUGAAUUAAUGGAUGAAUUGAAUCGUAGUAAAGAUGAAAGGGUUUAAGAGAUUUAAGCAUACACAGAAUAACUUUUAUAAAAAUUAGAAUAAACUCAUACAGCAAGGAUGAGUAAUUUAUAAAUGUAAAGAUAAAGAUUAAAUGAUAAAAUAGUAAUAGCUUCUGCAGAAUUGGAUAAUAUUUAAUAAUAAAUAAAAGGAUCUUAAAAAAGUAAAACAAUAAUGACAGCACAAGAGUUAUUAUAAAGAAUAGAAUAAGUAAAUGUCGAACCAGAAUAAAUUGGUGGUAUACCAAUGAAUUUUUAAUCUGAAAUAACUCCUCAAUAUGUUUGUGAUACUUUUGAAUUAAUUAAUUUCAAUCAAAGUGAAGAAAUAGUAUAUUCUGAUCAUUUAAUAACAAAUGGGAUAAAAUGGAGAUUGAAGAUUUAUCCACAUGGAAAUGGGAAUGCUAAAAAUAUAUAUAUUUCUAUAUUUUUAGAAAUGGAUUCUAAAUAUUCAGAUAUUAGAAGAUAUGAAUAUAAGAUAGAAAUGAUAAAUUAAAAAAAUGGAUAAUCUGUUAUAAGAGAAUUUGCUAGUGAUUUUGAAGGUGGAGAAUGUUGGGGAUAUAAUCGAUUUUUUAGAAUAGAUUUAUUAUAGAAAGAUGGAUUUUUAGUAAAUGAAAAACUUUUGUUUAAAUAUUAUGUAAGAGCUCCCAAUUAUUAUAUUUAAUUUUUGGAUAUGCAAAGAUAUAUUAAAUAAUUAGAAUCAUAAGUUAGCAUAUAAUAAACAACUAGAAAAAUUGAAUAACAAUCAUCAAUUUAAAAAUUAAAAGAGGAAAUAGAAUAAUAUGCAGAAAAGAUAGAAUAAUUAGAAUAAUCAUAACCAAGUAAUAAUUCAGAAAUUUAAGAAAGUGAAGAGGAUCAUCUUCAAUUACAAUAAUUGGAUGAAGAAAGUAGUUCAUCUAGUAAUCAUUCAGAUUAUUAUUUUGAUGGUUAAUUUUAAGAAAUACCAAUUUCAUAAGAAAGUUUACCUGUAAGAAGAAAUCUUAUAUAGAAAUUCAAUUAAUCGAGCUUAGUUAAUACAUCUUAAAAUCUAAGAAGUCCCUUAUCAGAGUUUAGUGAAAAUUUAUAUUCUUGA